CGAUAGAGAAAAAGCUGAAACAACGAAAUUUCAUCAAAAACUCUGGCAGAAACUGAUUUAUUUAUGAUUUUGGGUUUAGAUAUACUUUGUGAUAAUUUUGCGUCCGCUUUAUAGUAGGUGAAGAUUUGAAUAUUUCUAGGUUAACUAUGAGCGUCAUAAUAAGACUUCAAAACUUACCUUGGUCUGCAAACGCCUUAGACAUCCGCCAAUAUUUUCAUGGACUGAACAUACCAGAGGGAGGGGUGCACAUCGUUGGAGGAGAACUUGGCGAUGCGUUUAUAGCAUUCAGUACUGACGAAGACGCUCGUCAAGCGUUUAACAGAAACAAUGGAAAAAUCAAAGAAGUGCAAAUUAACCUUAUGCUCAGUUCCCGCACGGAAAUGCAGCGCGUCAUCCAACAAGCCAGAACACAAUCAUACGCGGCUUUCAUCCAAAACCCUACACCGACUGCAGUUCCCAUGCCUGCAGCAGUACCGACAAUAAUUCCAACUGCGCCUGAAUUAAGAAAAGAAUCCAAAGACAGAGACAAGAGCGAAAAGAGAGACAGCCGUCGAAAAUCGCGAUCAAAAUCAAGAGAAAGGAGAGACAGAUCGAGGGACAGAAGAGAGAAAAGGCACCGAAGAAGCAGAUCAAGAUCUAGAGAGAGGAAAUCUCGUCGUAGAGAAAGAAGCAGAAGUAGGGGUCGUUCAAGAUCUAAAGAACGUAAAAGUAGUAAAGACCAUAGGAAGCGUAUAGAUGAACCCAUUAUUAAUCCAUUCCAAAGGGAAAUUAAAAAAACUGUACCUGAAAUAUGGGCUAAACAGAGAUCAAUAGAUGUUGUACCACCAAAACCUCAACAACCAUUAAAUAUAUUAGGAAAUUUUCCUAUUGCACAAAAUCAAGCGAAUAGAAGUCUUGAUCAUUUCAAUGUAGGCUCGCACUUACAUGGUAAUGGUGGUUCUAGUUCCCCCUUUACCAGUAAUAAUAGUAACAGAAAUUCUAGAGACAGUUGGCCCCCUAGUAAUAACGAGAGUAAUUUUCAAAAUAACAGAAACACAAAUUUCAGAGAUAGGGAAAUUCCGGAUAAAUUCCAAAACAACCGAUUUCAAAGCAAUAUUCCAAACAGAGGCGCAAAUAACCCACAAGAAAUUGAAAAUUGUAGCAUAGCUCUUGAACCCUUUUACGGUGGUUACGGAGACGUACGAAGAUUCUUCCAUGGGAAGUUUAUCAGUGGCAAUGGCAUUAAAUUCAUUAAUGAUCUCAGCGGUCGCGCUACUGGUGUGGUCUACGUAAGAUUCUCCAAUAGGAAAUUCAAGGAAGACGCUUUAAGGAACGAUGGUGAAUUACUAAAUGGAAUACGAGUAACUAUUUCACAUAUCAAUGACGAUGAGUUUGAAGAAGCGACAGACAGGUAUAACCCUAGGAAUAAUGACAGUGAUAUGCAUGACGAUAAUUCCUCAUUUAAAAGUAGAAAUAUUACAAAAUAUUUUAACCAUUCUUCGCAUAGCUCGGAUCUUAAACCAUUUUCUUGCCUCACCGUCGAUGAUUUACCGACUUAUUGUAAGGAACAGGACAUUCUUCACAUGUUCUCUCAACAUCCGUUGGUCGCUUUAAUUUUGACUAACAAAAAGAGAGGGGGUUUUAUCGCAUAUGUAAAAUUUAGUAGUUCGGAUGUUGCCAAACAAGCUCUCGAUGAAAAAGCUCAUCAUAUAGUCGGCGGAAAACAAGUAACUGUUAGACCGUGCAAGGAUGACGAGUUCGACGAUAUUAAUAAAAUGCACGAAGUUAAUUUGAAUACUACCAAAGAAGAAACUCUAGAGACUGAUUGUUUAAGUGUAUCUGAAUUACCGGAAAAAACCAAUGAUAAAGACAUUGCAGACUUUUUCUCGGACAUCGGAGUUAUACCAACAAAAAUUCAUCUUAUGAGCAACAACCUCGGAUUUACCGGACAAGCGUAUUGCGAGUUUGCCAAUUACGAAGAAGCGACCCGAGCAGCAAGAAAAAAUGAGACUUCGCUUGGAAAUGUAGUUAUAUCCGUUCUUCCAAUUAAAAGAGGAGAAAUGGAGACUAUUCUGGGUACUACUUUACCGGCGCCCGAACCCACGAAUCCACAAGAUUCGCUAAUCAAAGAAAAUGAACCGACAACGUUUACAAGACCUUCAUCCGGAGCUUCAUCAAACCUACCCGCAUUUAACAUGCAAAACAAUAGUAGACCGGUGUUCCCAUCUCGCAAUUUCGAUAAUAUGAGAGGCGGUCCAAGAUUCGGACCACGCGGCUUCGGAGGGGGGCCGCCGAGAUCUAGAUUCGGCCCACCAAAGGACGUUUUCGAAGACGUACCCCCGGGUUGCACGAUAUUUAUGAAAAAUGUUCCGUACAAAGCGAACACAAAUGAUAUUCUAAAUUUUUUCGAUGGAUUUAAUCACACGAAUAACGUGAGUCGCCGUUACAAUCCAAAUAACACUCCAAGCGAUGAGGCCAAAAUCAUAUUUUUCGAACCUGAUGAGGCGUCACGCGCAGUUGAAGAACUCCAAAAAGAGAAAAUUUGGGACAGACAGAUCUUUUUGAGGCAGGAGUGAAAAGUGUCAUUUAAAAUAAAAAGUUUAUAUUAUUUCCUGACCGUAGGUAUCAAAAAUCUUGAUAGGUAUAACAAUUAUUAAUCAAAAAUAUUUUUUUAUUUAAAACUUAUUUCCUCCCGAAUUAUGUGUUGUGAUUAUUUUCAAAUAAAACAACUUUAUUAAUUGUAUUUUGAUUGAUUAUACCUAUGAAGAUUUAUAGACAUAAUAUAGUGCUUAAUUACUCGAUAUUUCAAGGAAGUUAAAUACAAGUUGUAUGGAUUUAAAAAUAUUUUUGGAUAUACAGGGUGUUACGCUUUUGCCUGACAAAUAAUGAUAUAUAUUUUUAAAUGGAACGCCUUUUAUUUUAUUUUUAGAAUGAUCUGGUAAUACCGUAUUCGUCCUUUUAAUAUUUUUGAAAAAUAUUGCAGGGUAGUCAAGCAAUUAAUUUUUUUUUGUUAAAUUAGAGUCUGAUGCAGACCGCAAAUAAAAUUAUCAUAAUUUAGGUAGGUUAGCAAUGAUUUCAAAAUUGCUUAAAAUACAGACUCUAAGAUACCAAGAUACGAAUAGUGCUGAUAGAACUUCUUCAUUUUGUACGGAGUGAAAGUUCAAUUUAUUCAAUUUUUACAAAUGAAAAACUAUAUAUUAUUAUCUGACGAUAGCAAUAUGUUAGCCUAUUGUACAUAUACCCAUCAGUUUAUAAUUGAUCGAUGGCUGUUUUAUUAUUGGAGAUACGAAGACAUUUUUAAUACUAAAGUUGUACGAUCAUAUUUUACAAAAUUAUUCUUAAAUAUACAGGGUAAUCCAUAAAUGGGUAGUGAAGCAACUUAUACUUUUUUAAACCAAAGGUAGUUACGGAGUUACAAAUGUUUAAUAUACUACAAAUAUUUGAAUUUUCUUUCAUUUGCUGUGAUGUAUACAGGAUGUUACGAUAUACUCGACUUUUUCAAGUGCAAUAAAUAUUUUUUUUAUUAUUUUUCUUCAGAUUUCGUUGGUUUUAUCAUGAAAAUUGACAUAAUUUUUUCACAUUCUUCUAAUCGACUUUUGAAAAUAUGGACUUAUUUAAGAUACAAUACUAAUUUAAUUUUUAUUAACUCAUUUGUCAGAUAUGAUGAUUUUCUAUUCCCCCGACGUCAAAAGUAAUAUAAACCAUUGUAAAUAAAAUAAAAAACAAAUACUAAUUUUUUUUGUUAUAAAAGAUGCCAAAAAUAAAAUUAAAUAAUUUAAAUGAUAUACAUAGAUAGAUUUGGGAAAAUUAAGAAAAUCGUAAUAUCGCAUUAUGACACCCUAUAUACUACAUAGAAAAUGAAUGAAAAUGUAAAUCGUUGUUUAUU